AUCCAAGCAGGACCAACUUUUUAUAUUGACUACACAAAUAACACAUUUGUGAAAGAUGGGAAGCCAUUCCAGUACGCUUCCGGAAGUUUCCACUACUCUAGAGUUCAUCCUUAUUACUGGGCAGAUCGGCUGCUGAAAAUGAGGCUGGCAGGACUGAAUACUGUGCAGACGUAUGUUCCUUGGAAUAUCCACGAAACUCAACCAGGUGUUUACAAUUGGAAAGGCUUCUCAGACCUCGGCAGUUUCCUGACCUUAGCUCAGAAAUAUGACCUCGUUGUUCUGCUUAGGAUGGGCCCAUACAUUUGCGGAGAAUGGGAGUUUGGUGGAUUCCCUGCCUGGCUACUUUCAGAAGAUCCAAACAUGAUUCUGCGCACAAGUGACCCUUCUUACCUACGUUGGGUAGACAAAUGGUACACAGUACUACUCAACUACAUCAAGCCAUACCUUUAUGACAACGGAGGCCCUGUUGUCAUGGUUCAGAUAGAGAAUGAGUAUGGGAGCUAUUUUGCUUGUGACAGGGUCUAUACAAAUUUUCUUCUGGAAAAAGUGAUCUCAAUUCUGGGAAAUGUGACAGUUUACACAACUGAUGGCUGCGGCUUGAGUUAUAUGAAUUGUGGCAAAGUUAAAGGUGCAUAUGCCACAGUUGAUUUUGGACCUGGAGAUGAUCCUGAAGGUUGUUUUAAAGCACAGAAAUUCGUUGAACCACAAGGCCCAAAGGUGAAUUCAGAAUUUUACACUGGUUGGCUGGAUCACUGGGGCGAUCCUCAUUCGACAGGGGACUCAACUUCAGUUUGCAAGUAUUUGGAUAUGAUAUUGGCAUCUGGUGCUAAUGUAAACAUGUACAUGUUUGUGGGUGGAACAAACUUUGGAUUCCUAAACGGUGCCAACAGUCCACCCUACCAGCCUGUACCUACUAGUUACGAUUAUGAUGCUCCCAUCACUGAGGCAGGAGAUGUCACACUCAAAUACUUUGCUAUAAGAGAUAUUGUUUCUAAGUAUUUACCACUUCCAGACAUACCUGUACCUCCAAAUGCAAAGAAGUCCAGAUACGGGGACGUAACCAUGGAAUUUGUAUGUACAAUUCAGGAUGCUCUGAGCUACCUCACACCAAAUGGCCCUGUUAGUGUUACUUAUCCAGUUCCCAUGGAGCAGUUAAAUUUUUAUUCAGCAUUCAUCCUGUACAGAUUUGUUCUAAAUUCAGUGUUCUCCAAGCCGUCAGUUCUUAGAUCCAUUGGGAUUAGGGACCGGGCUGUCGUAAUGGUCAAUGCUGUUCCCUUUGGAAUACUUGACCGAGACACAACUGAAGUGACUAUUACAGGGACACCGGGUCAGGUUGUGGAUAUACUUGUAGAGAAUCAAGGCAGAGUUGGGUUUAGUACAAACAUGAACUUCAAUACAAAGGGUAUUAUAGGAAAUGUCACACUAGAUGGGAAAAUUAUCACAGGCUGGCAGAUAUUUCCUGUGCGUAUAGAAAAUAUCAAUUUGACAACUACAAAAACAAUUAAAAGAAGAUAUUAUCAGCCGCUCAGAUCUGCUGAUGGCAAACUGUUGACCCCGUCGAUUUAUGCAGGUUCUCUGUCUAUACCUAAUGUCCCAGAUCAACCUCAGGAUACCUUUUUAGACCCCAAAAACUGGGGCAAGGGUCAAGCCAUACUGAAUGACUUCAACAUUGGACGCUACUGGCCAAGCAGGGGACCACAAGUGACUCUGUAUGUUCCAAAACCAAUCUUAAACACAGAACCCCAGCUAAAUACUCUGUAUCUCUUUGAACUCGAACAUGCACCUUGCGCAGAUGAAAGCAGCUGCUAUGUCACCCUGACGGACGUACCAUGUUUGAACGGAACCAAUGGGCCAGGAGUUAAACAUGGCUUUCCAUCAGGGAAUAAGUACAAGAAAUGGAUGUCAGAUAUUUUAUAG